GUGUUCGACGCAGUUUCUCAGUCGCAUCGCAGUCGCCGCCGACGUCGCAGUCGCUGAACAAGAUAUAGGAUAGAUUGCUCGAUUCGAAUUAUUUUCUUUCCGUGGACCUCUUGUUGGCGCCGCUCGACUUGUCAGACUCUCCGGGCCAGGUGUGUGUGUGUGUGUGUCGUCGUGCAGCAGAAACUGAAAAGCAAAAGACGCGUGGAGAGCAACAGCAUCAAACAAAAACCACUAUUUUUUAAGGCAGAAGACGGCACAGGAAUAGUUUUCGUUGCCAAGCGAGUGCCAGUGCGGGAUCGAAUACGGCUUAGCCCCAACAUACCUGCGUGCGUACCUGGUAAAAACCGAGAUUUUGCUCCAGUCGCGCGACGUAAGCGCGCCUUCCGUUCCACCGAGCUGUGCUCUCACGUAAUCCGCAGGCCGCCCCGCCACCACUCACCGCUCGCAUAGAAACAAGCCUCUUCCACGUGUGUGUGUACGUUGCGUUGUCUUACGUUACGUUGGUUACGUCGUGGUCGCGUGUGUUGGUGUGUGUGUGUGUGUGUGUGCUGCAAGGUGUGGUGUGUAUAGAAAAUCGAUUGGAAAUUGAACCAGCAGUCGCAGUCGCCGCGUGUGUGCCGUUACGCCAGCGCCAUCGGCCGCAAUUUUCUUGUAUUUUUUUCCUGUGAGCCCUCCAGUGAGUGCGAGAGCGAGAGCGAGGGAGCAGAGCCCUCAUCUCCUGCGCUAAACACAAAAAAAUCACAAAACACGAAAAAAGAAGAAACACCGGACAUGGAUAAAUCAGCGGCCACGAACUCGGCCACUGCCGAUGGCCAAAACGAAGCGUCGGCAGCGGCAGCAUCCUCUGCCGGCAGCGCAGCUGGGUGUGGCAGCAGCAGCAACGCCAGCAGCGCCGGCGGCAGCAGCCACACCAGCAGCAGCAGCAUCGUCGGCGGCGGCAGAGGCGGAUGUAGCAAUAACAACGCCUUGCAGCGCUUGGCAACCCCAACAACGGCGAGUGCAACAACAACAAGUGCUGCCGCCCCGAUGACCAUCAACCUGAACAUCAGCACCACCACCGGUGGCAACUUCGGCGUCAGCGUGGAGCCGCACAUCAGCGUGGAGAGCCUGAAGAAGAUCAUCGCCAAGAAGCUGAAGGUGGCCAAGGAUCGCAUCUGUUUGCUGCACCGCGAAAAGGAACUACAGGAAGGCACGCUCAGAGAUUACAACCUGAUGGACGGAUCCAAGAUCAUUUUAAUACCGAACGUAGAAACGGGUCUAUUGGCUCAGCGUCCGGAGAACACGGUUAUGCAAGCGCUGGAAUCGCUUAACGACUCGCAGGUUAAUGACUUCCUCAGCGGCAAGACUCCGCUCAACCUGAGCAUGCGCCUCGGCGACCACAUGAUGCUCAUUCAGCUGCAGCUGAGCACAGUGAAUCCGGCAGGUGGUGGCACUACAGUGGCCACCGCCACUGGUGGCUCAAGCAGCAGCAGCAGCAGCAUCACCACCAGCACUACUGCUGCCUCCUCAUCCUCAUCGGUGGCCUCCUCAUCACUGCCAGCUGGCACUGGUUGUUCGGCCACCGCAUCUUCUUCAUCAUCGUCGUCCGCCUCCUCCUCCUCCUCCUCCUCGGCGGCAGCGGUGCUAGCCGUAGGCAGCAGUGGUAACACCACCACCUCUUCCUCCUCCUCCUCGUCAUCGUCGAGAGCCCGCUCCUCCGGACAUCGUGGUUCGGGAAAGAUCGGCCAUGGUCACGUUCACAGCCACCAGCAUCCGAGUCUGCAUCACGGCUCUUGGCACGGUCACAGUCACGGCCACAGCCAUGGGCAUGGACAUAGCCACAGCCAGAGCCAUGGACACGGACAUGGUCACCACCAUCAUCAUCAUCACCACCAUCACCAUCAUCAUCACAAUGCCUCGGCUGUGGCCGCCGGGAGCGGUGGUGGUGGCAUGGUCUGCCACUCGAUGCGCAAGAUGUACGGGGAUCCAGGCUCCGGUAAAGGCUCCACCAGCAACGGUCAAAUCCAGAGCUCAAAUACGGCACUUAACGGGGGGCCCGAUCUCACCAAGCUUCUAAUUAAGGGCGGCAUUCAGAACAUGGUCAAGGGAUUCGCGCUAAAGGACUCGACUACUGCCACGGCUCCACGUGGCUCUGUGGCCAGCUCUGGGGGCUCCGGCAGUGCCGGAUCGAGUCCCGGCAAGGCUGCUGGCGCUGGCGUGCUGGAGCAAUCGCCCAUCAAGUCGCUGUCGAAUCUCGUGUCCAGCCCCAUUAAGAUGACGGCCAUCAAGAACAUUCCCCUGCCCACGACGGCUGCUGGCGGCGUCAGUUCCAACAACGCCGCUGCCUCCACCUCCGGCUGCAGCUGCAGCAUCAGCUCUGCCUCCAGCACGUCCUCAUCCGGCGCUUCCAGUGGAGCCUGCACCGCUGGCGGUUGCCAGCAGGAUCCCAUUGCCGCCAACCUGACCUCGUGCCUGUGCACGCGCCUGCCCACGCCGUCGUCGGUGGCACCGCCGCUGGCUCCGCUGGUGGCCACCACCCCGCUGGCCAGGUCCGGAUCCGCCGCCGGGAAGUGCCCCGAAUCGAGCUGCACUGGAGUGAACGCUGGCUAUGCCGCUCGCUCCAUUCCGCCGGGCGCGGGCGUUACCUUCUCGGGCAACUCGAUGCUGCACAAGACCGGCAACAACAGGAUCACCAGGACCAAGCACCGGCACUACCACGGGCAUGGUCACGGGCAUGGUCAGCACGGUAGCAGCAGUAGCAGCACCGCCAGCGGUAGCAGCAGCAGCCACUUUUACCAGCACGCCUGUGCCGUGAACCACACCUCGUCUUCGGGUUCGUCUACGUCGUCUGCCGCCUCCUCAUCGCGUCGCAAGCUGGAGCAGGCAGUGGCAGCAGGGGCUACAGGAGCAGCAGCAGCAGCAGCAGGUGCAGGAACACGUGCCGCUGCCAUUACAGGAUCCACAUCCGGAGCGGCAACGGCGGGUGCUUCAAUGCCACCUCUACUUACCGCCGAACCCGAGGACUCUUCGCUGGGCGUCUCUGACACCCGAACCCUGGCUGAGGCCUCGCGCAACCUCACCCAGACGCUGCGCAAGCUCUCCAAGGAGGUGUUCACCAACAAGAUCGAUCUGUCCGGCGCUGCCAGUGUCGUGGGGAGCAGCAGCAGCAACGGCAGCAGUAGCUCCAGCGGCAGCAGCAGCGGCGGCUCCUCCAGCUCUGGCGGCGGAACUGGUUUAGGCGGCGAGGAGACACCGCGCAAGGGCGGAUCCGGUGCCGUUAUCGAAUCGAUGAAGAACCACGGCAAGGGCAUCUACUCCGGCACCUUCUCGGGAACCCUGAAUCCGGCGCUGCAGGACCGCUACGGUCGUCCCAAGCGCGAUAUUUCCACGGUGAUCCAUAUCCUAAAUGACCUGCUCAGCGCCACGCCGCAAUAUGGGCGCGGUGCCCGCAUUAGCUUCGAGGCGCCCAGCAGCGCGGGAUCAGCAGCGGGUUCCAGCGCGGCCUCAGGAUCGGGCAGCAGUGGAUCCUCCUCGACGGCGUCCACCAGCAAUGGAAUGCAUCACGGAUCGCGCAGUAAAAUGUACUCUUCGCGUCAUCAUAACUGCGCCAAGUGCAGCAGCCGGGCGCAGCAUCAGCAACAGCAGCAGCAGCAGCAAUCGUCGGCAAGCGGAUGUAGCUGCUCCUUCCACGACUUCCAGGGCUACUUCUCCCCCUCAUCCUCCUCCACUGGUUCCGCAACCUCGUCAACCGCCGCCUCGAAGGCUUCGGCUGGCUCCAAGUCAUCAUCGCACAGCUGCUGCCCGGCGGAAGCAGCCAACAGCCAGUCCACCGGCUCUUGCACCUGUCGCUAUCGCCGCGACGAGGGACAGGAGCGCGAGCGGGAGUACAUGUGCCAGAAGUGCACCGUGGAGCUGGCCAACAUGAAGACGCGCUCGAAGAUGGACCAGCUGCGUCUGGUCAUGCAGCAGCACAAACAGAAGCGGGAGGCUCGCAAGCUGAAGAGCGGUCCCUAUGCCAUGCCCAAUGCGGCAGCCCCGGCUGCGACCACAUCAUCGGCUGUGCAAUACAGUGCUGUCAGCGCUUUAGUGGCCACGCCCACGACGACUCCCACCAGCAGCAACAGCACCAGCAAUACCGCCAGCAAUGCCAAUGCCAAUAGCAACAACAACAACACAACAGGCGGCAGUGGCGGAGCUGCUGGAGGAGCUACGGCCACAGCGGCAACAACAACAACAACAACAACAUCAGCGGCAGCGGCAGCCACAGCAGCACCGCCCAGCGAGGUCUCGCCCAACCACAUUGUGGAGGAGGUGGACACGGCGGCCUAAGGAGCCGCUAACCUUAUCCUAUUUUUUAGCAUUUACUAGUUUACGCAGCAGCAACAAAGAGCAAGGAAGGAAGAGGGGCAGAAGAGAAACUACAACACACACAACUAAAGCUUAUAUUAAUUUAGAAUUAAUUAAUGACCCGGAGACACUUCUCCGCUGAGGCCUGAGAGAGCAAGCAGGAGGUCAGGAGCGGCGGAGGUCAGAAGAGCGCGUCUGGAGAGUCGAUAAGCUGUUAAAUUAAUUUUAAGUGACUCCCCAAAAACAAAUACAGAAAACACUACAACAGAGGACACCAUAAAACACCACAACACAACAACAACACACCACAAAACCCCAUAAAACGUCUCACCACAACAACACACCACACAACAACAAUACACAACAACAAAACACCACUUGAAGCAAAUCCAAAAGGAUCCCUGGGAAUGAUUCAGCUUCCGGAGGCAACAAAAUCCUUGAACGUUUCUUUCGUAAAUUGAAUUUAGUGAAAUAUAUAUAUUUUUUUGUUUUUCGAGAACCGAAAACACACACACACACACAAAAAGGAAUAAAGGAUAUAAUUUGAAGUGAGGCGUUGAAUAUAGAAUUAGAAGUUUAAGGAACACGACGGAAGCUCGAUGCUGAGAGAAUUGUAAGCCAAAGCGGUGGCAAAUUUUGGUAGAACUAAAGCAGAAAUUAAAUUUACGUUUAGAACACACCAAAAUCAACACACACACUCACACACAGACGACACACACAACACCCUUGGCUUUGGCAGCUUUAUAUUAUGUUUAACUUUAAACGAAGGCGACGGAGAACUAUGGUGGCGCUUUAACAUGAUUUGCCUUAAUAGAAAAUCGUUUAAUAUAUAUAUAUAUAUAUAAUUUUUUUUUCCCUACACUUAAACUCCUUUUCACCGAUAAUGUGUUUCGAAUUAAAUUUUUGUUUAAUCAUUUACUACACCUACUACACAAAAACACUAUUGAACUAGUUAGUAAGACCUAUGUUUUCAUUAUACGAUUUACGAUUGGAUUAGUUAAGCAACAACAGCGACUUACAGCGCCGUUGCUUUAUAAUUUAAAUUCCUUAUUUUUUUGUGGAUGUCCUACAACAACAACAACAACAACAACCACCACCUACUUACAUUCAAAUUAUAAUGCAAUUAGUUCUAGGCGAGUUAAAAAUUUUUAAGUUGAUUUUACACCACCACAACAACACCAACAACAACAACUACUUGAUUUCAAUAAAUGUUUAGUAAAUGGUUUAGUUAACUAA